AUGGCACCGCCAUCAGUAGUACCAGAAGCGUUGGCACCGCCGACAGUAGCGGAGAAAAUUACGCAUAGCAAUCAGCGCAAAACCACAGACGCAAUCCUCAGCACAGGCAUCAGGACGAUUGUGGUCGCAGGCUUGACUGUUUUGUGGACAAUUUUUUGGGCCUGGUGGAACCAUGGAAAGGACGAGAAGAGAAGGGAGAAGGCGGACAGAGAAGAUAAGGAGAGGAGAUAUGCUGCUGCGGAGGACUUGGAACUUCUGGUGGCACCUCUUCGCAAGGAUCUUGACGAGCUGCGGCGGGAUUUCGACGCAACAAGACCUGAUGCAAAGGAGCUCUUGGAUCUUGAGAGGCGAGACCACGACAUGGCUCUCUACGCUAAGCAGCUAGAGAUCGAGGAACUCCGGGGCCAGGUUCGGGCGCUGCGUCAUCGGCUCAUGCGUCGCAGUCGAGUACACGGCCCGUCUGGCUGGGCACCAGGCGGUUCUGGAGAGACUUCGACCGCGACAGUUCCGUCUCUGCUUCUUGACAUGGGGCAAAGAUGGUCGGCUCUCAAGAAGACUCGAGCCGCUGUCAAAGAUACUCAGAGCCUAAGCGCUUUGGUUACCUUUCAUGAACACGAAACUCAGUACCAAUCCAGACCACCUGGACCACCCAGAAGUGAAAGAAUCAUCACAUUGCCGUGCAGGAAAGCUUACGCCCAGCGCAUCGGCCAGGCCAUCUCGAAAGCUUUUCGCACGAGUAGAGGGUUCUCUAUCGAACCCGUCCGGAAGACCCUGCUCGAUCUACCCACUGAGAUCAUUCUCGGCGUCUCAGCGUACUUGCCGCCAAGCAGCCUCGUGUCUUUUGACUUGUUCAUGUUGGAGACGCCGCCAUCAGCUCUGCAUCUCCCUUCAACUAGUAAUUGGAAGACACAGCGGAUCGCGAUCCCCCUCCUGAAUCUGGAGAGCAUAUGUAACAAGCAAAACACGCACUUCUCGGAAGCCAUGUCCAAGUCGCGUACCCAACUUUAUCUGUCAGAGCGUUUGAAGUUGCUUUGUAUGCUAGAUCGCGACGGACGGGUUCGUUCAUCAAAAGCGAUUUGCAGUGGGUGCGCGGAUACGCACGACUGCUCGCUGUUCUCAGUAUCAUCCCUCGCACAGCCCAGCGCCAAGCGUCGCUGCCUAGGCAGCGCUGGAUUCUUGUGGAUUUGUCCACAUCAGAUUCUCGAUUAUGGCCAAGCGCAAACCCUUAGGGAAGUUCACGAAAGCCACAGAUGCGGAAGCAAUCCGGUUCAUGUACUCCCUGGAUACACGACAUCGUGGCCGAUCAUACGGGUAACCCGCAACGGCACACCAUCAAACGAAGAAGUGAGGGAGGCUCUCCGUCCACUCAACGCACCAAUCUGCCCGCAUUUGCGCCUCAAUGAUGCAUAUGUAGCAAGUAUUUAUUCUCAAGAUUGUCAAAAGCUUCGAUCGAUAUGGAACAGACCAAAUCCUACUCCUACCUGUCGGUGUUUGACGUGCGCAUCACAAUCGCCAUUAACCCCAUUACCAAGAGGCGAGUGCAAGUUUUGUGGCACCGAUAUACAAUUCUGCAUAAAACCCGAGAGUUACGGUGCGGAGACACUGCAACUCGUCAUAAUGAGGGACAUAAUGAGGAAGAUCCGGGGUAUUCAGAGUUGUACUGAUCGUGCUUGGAUUAAUCACGUUGCUGAUCCCGCGGGCUUUGAGGAGUAUGAAAGGGCAUGGCAAGCCACUAACGCAGAGUGCUGGCGGAAAGUGGGAUCGGUCAUGCCUCCCUUUUGA